CGUGCCUAACGCCCAUUGUACGAGUGCUUGGGCUGUCUUUCUGUCGUUUUGGCUUAGCCCCAUAUCGCCGGCCAACUAACAACGUCAUUUAUUACUAAAUCAAAAUUAACAUACAUAAUUACACAUACAAACCGUUCUAAUAUUUUACUCUCGUUCUGGGUUUCUUUGUUCUCAUCAUACUACAACAUGAACGAUCUCCUUACGGAUUCAUUCAUCUCUGAUGUCAAAGGCCAGCCUUCUGGAGAAAAUGAUAUAGAAAUGGGGAGGCAAGUUCAACGGAACAAUGCUGAUAUUGGAAUGGAGACUUUCAAUAAGCAGAUACAAGAGAUUGAGAAACAAGUUGACAAGCUCACUGAGCUGCUUAAGAAGCUUAAGGAUGCUAAUGAGGAGUCAAAAUCUGUGACUAAAGCAUCUGCUAUGAAAGCAAUUAAGAAGCGUAUGGAGAAAGAUAUUGAUGAAGUGUUAAAGAUUGCACGCAAUGUCAAGGGAAAACUAGAGUCAUUAAACAGAGAUAACUUAGCUAACAGGCAGAAGCCUGGAUGUGAGAAAGGAACAGGUGUUGACAGAGCGAGGAUGAACAUGACAAGUGCUUUGACAAAAAAGUUCAGGGAUAUAAUGACUGAGUUUCAGACCCUCAGACAAAGAAUCCAAGAUGAAUAUCGCGAGGUUGUGGAGAGAAGGGUUAUGACAGUUACCGGUACCAGACCAGAUGAAGAGACAAUUGACAACCUCAUAGAAACUGGAAAUAGCGAGCAAAUAUUUCAGAAGGCAAUUCAAGAAUCAGGACGAGGACAGGUGUUAAACACUUUAGAAGAAAUUCAGGAGAGGCAUGACACAGUGAAAGAAAUAGAGAAAAAGCUUCUUGAUUUGCACCAGGUCUACAUUGACAUGGCAGUCCUAGUUGAAGCUCAAGGAGCGGAUAUUGAUGACAUCGAGAAUCAGGUCACAAACGCAGUAGACCAUGUAAGGUCGGGUACAGAUGCUCUACAAACGGCCAAGAGCUUGCAAAAGAGGUCAAGAAAAUGCAUGAUAAUCUCCAUUAUAUUGCUUCUGAUUAUUGCUAUCAUCAUUGUCUUGUCUAUUUUUAAACCAUGGUCUAAGUGAAAUAACAUGCAAGACAACACACCCAUCAUCCCUUUUUGCAAGGUCCACUUGUUUAUCUCUAAUUUUUUCCAUAAAACUUUGGCUUACAGAAUUAAGUCCUAUUUUUUUUCCCUUGUAUUUUUUUGGAGUAAAAGGUUGGUUUCCUGUGUAUUAGUUUUUGAGACACAAUAAUAAUUAAUGAAUAAUACUUGGCAUAGUGCUUUGAAGAA